UAACAUUUUGACUACCACCUCCCCCAAAAGAGCAAUGCCCAAAAGUCGUGUUUUUGGUACAACACUUUUUUUUGUUCUUCUUGUUGACUUUUUCUACUUCAUUAUCCAUAUUAAUAAAUGCUUUUUCUACUCACUCCUAAUCACACCAAAUAAUAAUCUAGAGCUUAAUUAAUCAGGAAUUUUUGUAGAGAAAAAUAACACCAAAAUGGGGUGGUUUCCUUGCACUGGCGCCGGAAAAUCCGUCGAAAAUUUGAAGAAAAGAAGUGUCAAUAAAAGCCUAGAACAUCAGAUCUCUUCAGCAAGUUCAGCAGAUAAGUCUAAGCGGAAUAGUUCAGUGGAUGGGAAGAAAGACAGCUCAAAGGAUGGGAAAGAAGAUCAUAUUGCUGUAAAGACGUUUACGUUUCGUGAAUUAGCAGCUGUAACGAGAAAUUUCCGGGCUGAUUAUCUCGUUGGUGAAGGUGGUUUUGGGCAUGUUUAUAAAGGAAGGCUAGAAAGUACUUCACAGGUUGUUGCUAUCAAACAACUUGAUCAUAAUGGACUUCAAGGCAAUAGGGAAUUUCUCGUGGAAGUGUUAAUGCUCAGCCUACUUCACCAUCCAAACCUUGUUAACUUAAUUGGAUAUUGUGCUGAUGGAGAUCAAAGGCUUCUUGUGUACGAGUAUAUGCCACUAGGAUCAUUGGAAGACCAUCUUUAUGACAUUCCUCCUGACAGGAGACGACUUGAUUGGAAUACAAGAAUGAAAAUAGCUGCGGGUGCUGCCAAAGGGUUGGAAUACUUGCACGAUAAAGCAAAUCCGCCAGUUAUAUAUCGUGAUUUAAAAUGUUCAAACAUAUUACUUGAUGAAGAUUACAAACCCAAGCUGUCUGAUUUCGGCUUAGCCAAAUUGGGGCCAGUUGGGGACAAUACACAUGUUUCAACCAGAGUAAUGGGAACUUACGGAUACUGUGCUCCAGAAUAUGCAAUGACUGGUCAGCUAACCUUAAAAUCAGAUGUUUAUAGUUUUGGGGUUGUACUUUUGGAGAUCAUUACUGGGAGAAAAGCCAUUGACAAUUCCAAAAGUAAUGCAGAGCACAAUCUUGUACUAUGGGCACGACCAUUAUUUAAGGACAGAAGGAAAUUCUGUCAGAUAGCAGAUCCAACGCUUCAAGAAAGGUAUCCAGCAAGGGGAUUGUAUCAAGCGUUAGCAGUUGCUGCAAUGUGUGUGCAAGAACAACCUAAUAUGAGACCCCUUAUGGCUGAUGUUGUCACUGCUUUAACUUACCUUGCUUCCCAAAAAUAUGAUCCCGACAGUCUACCACGUCAGAGUUUUCACUCAGCUGCUUCCACUCCUAGAGCCAGAAGAGAAUACUGAAACCAAACCGCGUCUUUUUUUUGGGGGUAAUGUAAGUCCGAGGUGUAAAUCAAAACCCGCUCUAUCAGAAUAUAUGUUCAGUUGUAACUUGUAAGGCAUGACUGUGUGUUGUUUGGAAGUAGAUAAGGAGGAAAGAAGAGAAUAGAUAACAAAAUUCAUCAUCAGUCCUUUGUACUUGUGUGAAUUCUUAUAGUUACAUAGUAUUAUCGUAUAUAUAUACGAAGUAUGUAGAGAGAUGAUAAUAGAGUGAACCUGUUCAUAGAGUUCCCAUUUUGUACUAGUAUGAAUAAUUUAACAGAAUUUAUACAAUUUAUUGCCUUGGUG